AUGGUUUCUCAUGUGUGUGUUUUCUUUCUCUCCUCCUCCUCCUCCUCUCUCUCUCCUCCUCCCGCCGCCUCUCUCCUCCUCCCCAAACACACACGUACACACACACGCUUUCCCUCUCCCUCCCCCUCCUCAAGGCCGAAAAGGCAAGCCAAACCUGCAGCCGACGAAGGCUUUUGGGAUUGUAGCGUGUGCACCUUCAGGAACAGCGCGGAAGCCUUCAAAUGCAGCAUCUGCGAUGUCAGGAAAGGCACCUCCACAAGAAAACCUAGAAUAAACUCUCAGUUGGUGGCACAACAAGUUGCCCAGCAAUAUGCAACACCACCACCACCUAAGAAGGAGAAGAAGGAGAAAGUGGAAAAACAAGACAAAGAAAAACCUGACAAAGAGAAGGAAAUUAGUCCAAGUGUUACGAAGAAGAACACUAACAAGAAGACUAAACCAAAGUCGGAUAUUGUGAAAGAUCCUCCUAGUGAAGCAAACAGCAUACAGUCUGGGAAUACUACAACAAAGACCAGCGAUUCAAAUCACACUUCAAGACCCAGACUGAAAAAUGUGGACAGAAGUACCGCACAGCAGCUGGCAGUCACAGUGGGAAAUGUCACAGUAAUUAUCACAGACUUUAAAGAAAAGACUCGCUCUUCAUCCACAUCAUCUUCUACAGUGACCUCCAGUGCAGGAUCAGAACAACAGAAUCAGAGCAGCUCGGGCUCUGAGAGCACAGACAAGGGCUCGUCCCGUUCCUCCACACCCAAGGGAGACAUGUCAGCAGUCAACGACGAAUCUUUCUGAAAAAUUGCACAUGGAGUUGUGGAAACUAUGAAUCAGGGUAUGAAAUUCAAACACUCCACCUGCCCACGCUGUUCAAAUCCUGGAGAGCCUCUUCUGUGCUUGAACACACUUUCUCGGACAUCGACCUCUUACUGAUGCAACCAGGAUAACUUCUGCUUGCCGUGGGCAUCUGGCCACCAAGGAAUUUCUCACCCUAGCGAUUACUCUUGACACUUUUAUGUAUUCCAUUGUUUUAUAUGAUUUUCCUAACAAUCAUUUAUAAUUGGAUGUGCUCCUGAAUCUACUUUUUUAUAAUAUCUGCUGUGCACAAUUUUCCAUGAACAUGACAACUUUUUGUUUUGGGGUAGGGAGCGGGUGGGGUGGGAAGGG